AUGGCGACCAGAACAGCAGCCGUGAACGUCUCCAUCGCGAGGGCGGCGGCGCCACCGCGGGGGCCGGGCGGCGUCACCGUCGCUCUCAUCAGCUUCCGACGGAGGGGGAGAUGGCCGGCGGGGCGCCUCCGAGCUCAGCCGGCCGGCGGCGCCACCGGGCCCUCGACGCCGGCGAAGUUAUCGGAGAUGGUGACGGAGAGCAUCAAGAAGGCGGAGGAGACGUGCGCCGGUGAUCCGGUGAGCGGCGAGUGCAGGGCAGCAUGGGACGAGGUGGAGGAGGUCAGCGCGGCGGCAAGCGACGCCCGCAACCGCCUCAAAUCCUCUGAAGACCCCCUGGAGGCCUACUGCAAGGACCACCCGGAGGCCGACGAGUGCCGCACCUACGAGGACUGA